CCGGGGCUGGCUCUCUGACUGAAACUGCACACGGACCGACGGAAACCGCCACCCGAAGGCAGAGCGAGGUGGCCCUCGGCCAGGCAGCCGGCAUGUUUAGCCAGGUGCCCAGGACCGCGGCUUCAGGCUGCUACUAUCUAAAUGCCAUGUCACCCGAGGGCCAGGAGAUGUACUUGCGAUUUGAUCAGACCGCCAGGCGCUCUCCUUACCGGAUGAGCCGGAUUCUAGCGCGCCACCAGCUAGUGACAAAAAUCCAGCAAGAAAUCGAGGCAAAGGAAGCGUGCGACUGGCUCCGUGCUGCCGGGUUCCCACAGUACUCUCAGCUCUACGAGGAUUCGCAGUUUCCCAUCAACAUUGUGGCUGUCAAGAAGGAUCAUGAUUUUCUUGAAAAGGACCUUGUAGAACCUCUUUGCAGACGACUAAAUACGUUGAACAAGUGUGCAUCCAUGAAACUCGAUGUGAACUUCCAAAGGAAAAAGAGUGACGACUCCGAUGAGGACGAUCUUUGUCUCAGCAACAAAUGGACUUUCCAAAGAGCCAGCCGGAGGUGGUCUCGCGUGGACGACCUCCACACGCUGUUUCCCGGAGGAGACAGAAACGGGCAGGCGGGCACCAUUAGGAUGAAAAACACCCCCAGCAGCGAGAGCGUGCUUACCGAGCUCAGUGAGCCCGAGGUCUCGUCCGUGCACAGCGGGAGCAGCGGCAGCAGCGAGGGCAGGGGCCAGCCGGGGACACCCAGCGCCGGCCGCGAGGUCUGGGACGGCCCCUCACAGCCCUGCGCUGAAGGCCCGAGCAUGCUGGAUGCCCCGCCUGUCAGCCACCACCUCGUCCUGUCCCCCAGAGACACUACCAACUACUCCUUCCACCCAAAGAAUGAGAAGCCAGGCAGGACCAGAGCCAAGUCGAUUCUGAAACGCAUGGAGACCCUGCGUACCAAAGGCUCAUCUGGGAGACACAAGGGGUCCGGGCGGACAGGGGGCGUGGUGAUCAGCGGGCCCGUGCUCCAACAGGAGUCGGAAGCCUUUCAGACCAUGCCAUGUAUGCAGCUACCCAACGGGUACCUCCAGAACCCACCCCAGGGGCCUCCCAAGAAGGGGCCUGCCUGCUCCAGCAAAUCGGGCAGCGACUCUGACAACAGCACCAGCGGGUUGAGCGCGCCCUGCCCGCAGGGACAGAAGUGGCCGGAAGCCAGCAAGCGCGGGGGCGUGUGCCUGGAAGACCUGGACAUGCCGUGGGAGGCGGGGUGGCCCGGCCACGGCCACGCCUUCCAUUCCCAGGAGAACUUGGUCGUGCACAUCCCCAAGGACCACAAACCAGGUACAUUCCCCAAGGCCCUGUCCAUCGAGAGCCUGGCCCCGACGGACAACUCCAGUGGGGUUAACUGGAGGGCGGAGGGCAGCCCUCUGAGCGGAGAGCGGGGCCCUGGCACCAGGCAGCCCCCGCUCAUGGCCUCCUGUCCCAGAGAGAGCCGCGUCAGCGUCUACGACAACGUCCCUGGCUCCCACUUGUACGCCAGCACGGGGGACCUGCUGGACCUGGAGAAGGACGACCUCUUCCCCCUCAUGGAUGACAUUCUGCAGCAGGUCAACGGGCUCCGGGAGGUGGUUGACGACUGGUCCAGGAGCCUCCAGCCUGAGCUGCAAACCUGCGACGGGCCAGCUGCAGACCCCACCGCGGCCCCCUUCCCAGGACCUCAUCAGAUCACCUUAGAUUUCGAGGGGACCUCCGUGUCUGAAGGCCGGACCACCCCCAGCGAUGUGGACAGAGAUGCAGCAUCUCUCGUAGACUCCGAGGCCCCUGGGGUUAGAGAGAGAAGAGAUUCCGGGGUAGGGGCCUCCCUGACCAGGCCAAACAGGCGACUCCGGUGGAGCAGUUUCCAGCUCGCACACCAGCCGCAGCCGUCCACUACAUCGCCUCUCAUCAGUAACCAGACGGCUGGCCAGCUCAACCUGCUCCAACGCUUCUCACUGCUCCGCCUGACAGCUGUCAUGGAAAGAUACUCCCUGUCGAACAAGCAUGGCUGGACAUGGUGCUUCCCCGGCAAGGAUGGUGUCAGGGAAGGUGGCCUGCUGACACGGUCCUCUGGCUUGUUGUAGGUGGGCCUUUUCCGCAAGUCGGGAGUGAAGUCUCGGAUCCAAGCCUUACGUCAGAUGAAUGAGAACUUCCCCGAUAACGUCAGCUAUGAAGAGCAGUCGGCGUAUGACGUGGCGGACAUGGUCAAACAGUUCUUCCGGGACCUCCCGGAGCCGCUUUUCAGCAGCAAGCUAAGCGACACCUUCCUCCACAUCUACCAGUAUGUGCCCAAGGAGCAGCAGCUGCAGGCAGUGCAGGCCGCCAUCUUGCUGCUGGCCGACGAGAACAGGGAGGUCCUGCAGACGCUGCUGUGCUUCCUCAAUGACGUGGUCAACUUGGUGGAGGAGAAUCAGAUGACGCCCAUGAACCUGGCCGUGUGCCUGGCCCCCUCCCUGUUCCAUCUUAAUUUAUUGAAGAAGGAAAGCUCCCCAAGAGUCAUUCAGAAGAAAUACGCCACAGGGAAGCCGGACCAGCGGGACCUCAAUGAGAACCUGGCUGCCGCCCAGGGGCUGGCCCACAUGAUCACAGAGUGCGACCGGCUGUUUGAGGUCCCGCCCGACAUGGUGGCACAGUCGCGCAGCUCCUACCUGGAGGCGGACAUCCACCCUCCAGCCCUGGAGGAGCUGGGGAGACGCCUGGAGGAGGGCGGAGCCCCGUUCCACGCCUACCUGGAGCACCUGAUCCGCGACCUGCAGAAGGAAGCCAGGGAGAAGUUCAAAGGGUGGAUCGCCUGCCCCAGCACGGACAACACGGAGCUGGCUUUCAAAAAGGUGGGCGACAGGCACCCGCUGAAGCUGUGGAAGGCCUCGGUGGAGGUGGAGGCGCCCCCGUCGGUCGUGCUGAACCGCGUGCUGAGGGAGCGGCACCUGUGGGACGAGGACUUCAUGCACUGGAAGGUGGUGGAGGCCCUGGACCGGCACACCGAGGUCUACCAGUACGUGCUGGGCGGCAUGGCGCCCCACCCCUCCAGGGACUUCGUGGUCCUCAGGACCUGGAGGACAGACUUGCCCAAAGGGACAUGUGCCCUGGUGUCCCUGUCGGUGGAGCAUGAGGAAGCCCCGCUGCUGGGCGGUGUGCGUGCCGUCCUGAUGGACUCUCAGUACCUGAUAGAGCCGUGCGGCUCCGGGAAGUCCAGACUGACCCACAUCUGCCGGGUGGACCUCAAGGGCCACUCCCCAGAGUGGUACAACAAAGGGUUUGGACAUCUGUGCACCGCGGAAGUCGCCAGGAUCAGAAACUCUUUUCAGCCCCUCAUCGCUGAGGGUCCGGAAACUAAAAUCUGA